UGCUCGCCUUCAUCCCUCUCCGUCCACCGCACCCUCGAGGAUUUACGAGAGCAUCAUCCAGACGAGCUCGAGUCCGCACAUCAUGGCUGAGCAGUUAGUCCUCCGUGGAACCCUCCAGGGCCACAAUGGCUGGGUUACCAGCUUGGCGACGACGUUGGAGAAUCCCAACAUGCUUUUGUCUGCCAGUCGCGACAAGACCUUGAUCGUCUGGAACUUGACCCGUGAUGAUACCGCAUACGGAUACCCAAAGCGAUCCCUCCACGGACACUCUCACAUCGUUUCUGACUGUGUCAUCUCCUCUGAUGGUGCCUAUGCUCUCUCCAGCUCUUGGGAUAAGACCCUCCGUCUGUGGGAAUUGGCUACCGGAAACACCACCCGCACUUUCGUCGGCCACAACAACGACGUCCUGUCCGUUUCCUUCUCUGCUGACAACCGCCAAAUUGUCUCUGGAUCUCGUGAUCGAACCAUCAAGCUGUGGAACACCCUUGGUGACUGCAAGUUCACCAUCACCGACAAGGGCCACACCGAGUGGGUUUCCUGCGUCCGCUUCAGCCCCAACCCCCAGAACCCCGUCAUCGUCAGUGCUGGUUGGGACAAACUCGUCAAGGUCUGGGAACUCUCCACCUGCCGUAUUCAAACCGACCACAUUGGCCACACCGGCUACAUCAACACCGUCACCAUCUCUCCUGACGGCUCCCUUUGCGCUUCUGGUGGCAAGGAUGGCGUUGUUAUGCUCUGGGAUUUGAACGAAUCGAAACACCUCUACUCUCUCAACGCUGGUGAUGAAAUCCAUGCUCUUGUCUUCUCUCCCAACCGCUACUGGCUCUGCGCUGCCACUUCCAGCAGCAUCAGCAUCUUCGACUUGGAGAAGAAGAGCAAGAUCGAUGAGCUCAAGCCUGAGUUUGAGGACAAGGGCAAGAAGAGCCGUGACCCUGAGUGCAUAAGCUUGGCAUGGAGCGCCGAUGGUCAGACUCUGUUCUCUGGAUACACUGACAACAAGAUUCGUGCCUGGGGUGUCAUGUCGAGGGUAUAAAAAGUUUAUUUUUAUUCCUUCUUUUGUCACAUCUUUAAUAGCGGAGUGAG